CCUAAUUCUUACUUUUGCAACGCCAACACUGACCUCUCCUCAUCUCCUCCAUCGACCUGCAAGAGAGGAUCACCACCACCACUUCUUCGUCCUCACCCUCCGUAUCCCUUCACCCUUCCCAUUCGGUUGCCCUUUCCUGUGUCUAUCUCCUUUCCUUCGAAUCUUCCCCAUUUUCAGUGUCUUUCGUUUUCCUCUCCCAUCGUCUCGUCUCGUCUCCAUCGCCCGUCGCACGCCAUUCCCCUGGAAAAACAUUCCUCGUUCCAUUCCUCCUCACCAUUCGCUUCUCCCCCCCCCCCAANAAAAAAAAAAGUCACCCGCCAACCCGUUCUCCUGGCAACCCCUCCCGUCAUCGAUCGCCAACUCUGAGGUUGUUUAUUCUCUGCCUUCAUAUUUGUCCCGUUUCGGCUUCGGCUCAUCGCCAAUUCUCCAUAGAAGGUUUUGCAGAUCGCCCUGCUCACGGUGAAAGUGUGUUGUGCUUGACGCGAGGUACGGACUAAACACCCCCCUCAAUCCCAACUACCACUCCCUGGCCGCCGGCGUCCUCGUUUUCGAUUCCGUCCAUUGUCAACCGUUCACUCGACUUGACUUCUGUACUACACUCUUCGUAAUAUUUGCUCCUCUAGCACCAAUUGUCUAAUUGAAGGUUAGUGUUUGGGUCCGCUCCGUGAACCGUCCAUCAGCCAUCAGCCAUUCAACGCGCUAGGAGAUAUUUCUAUCCAUCCUAAACAUUACACAACCACUCUCUGCCCUACCUGAAGAUCCUGCUAACCGCGAUUUCUUCUGUCAGUUCUCCUCCCAUCAGUGACUAACGUUCACCCCAACCGCCAAUUAUCCGAAUGAGCCUGCAAUUUCUCGAGCAAACACCAAUCCCCACUUAGAUCGACGGUAGGAGAUCCAAAGCCACAGCAUGGCCGCACUCGUUCAAACAUACCCUCAACAGUCCAGUACAGCCACCAUGCUUCAGACUCGUCCAUCGUCUGCUUCUGGAAUAAUACAAACAACAGCACAAGCCCCAGCUCACCCAUACAAUCAAAAUCAAAGCGCCUCACAAACAAACCGAAAUAACUUUCACGGUAUCAAUGGUGCAAUGGGGGCUUCGAACCAUCGUCCACAGGCAACGGUAGCCCCAAUUGCUCCUUAUGCUUUCACCAGCACUCCCAGCUUGACCACGCCCGGUCAACGAUCACCAGCCAACAGCAGAGCUAUCUCGGCCCCGGGAGCAGUUCCAACAUUAAAAAACGAGUCUGGCAGCCAUCCUAGAUCUCGCUAUCCGGCAGCAGCAUCGAUAUCGACAACAUCAUCCUCGAGCUCCUCCGACCUGUCGUCUUUGAGCCAUCGAUCGGGUACGAAGGAUGACUCGUCCAUCAAUACAUCCCGCGCUGCUUCUGGUAGUCCACGACCACUUUCUACCGUCAUCACUAGUUCUGGAACAUCCUCGCCAGUCAAAGCAGCUCCAGAGCGAUAUCGCAGACCAAGCAAUGGCCGCUCCCAAUCUGCUACUGUAGGACCUACAAUAACUCAACCCCCACUUCCUCAAUCCUCCACUCUGCCAAAUGUGAUGCAGUUCUACAGCACUGCUACCCAAAAACCCGCACCUGUCGCGGCACAGCCUCCAGCGUUGCAAAUGCCUUCAUUUUCGAACCACAUCUUGGAUUUUAGUUCAACCAUUCGCGGCACCGCUGAUGAUAUACAACUAAAUCGAAGCAGUUCCCAGGAUCAGGCUGCGAAACGAUAUCGUCGACGAAGCAUUCACACAAUUGAUGCAGGCGAUUUCAAUGCCCCAAGUGCAGGAUUCCUGCAACAAGGAUCGAGACAGAGCAACAGUGCCAGUGGUAGAAUUGAUCAUCAGCCGCCACCACAACAUCCUUUACGAAGUUCACCAAUUGUCACUGUCCGACCAGCGUCAUCGCACGGGAGAAACGGUAGUAGUGAUAGCGUUCAUUCUUACCGCAGUACCCCUAGUUCUCGACCAGGUUCUGUAAGUAAUUCCCUGUAAUUGAUACGAGUGUUGUUGAUCCACAUUGUACUUGGGACUUUAUCCUACGUCCAAUUAGACCGCGUGAUGACUUAUUUCGCUAAUCUCUGUACUUCAGGCCCAUAAGCGAGACGGCGUAUCUAUGGCCAACUCCGCCCCAUCAUCAGGUGCCGCAGAACAGUCUUCACUCAAGCAGGACUUGUCAAAACUUGUCACAGUUCCAGCUCGUGCCUCAUCCUCCGAUGCAGCGAAAAGAGUUGCGGUUCCUUCCCCACUGUCGAAGCCGAUGACAAUGAGCCCCGAGUCCUCGACCCCGGCCUCCAAGGACUCGUUUGCGUCGGCGGUUAAUGCGGCUUUGCAGCAACCUGCUAAGCCAACCUAUGCGCAGGUCGCCAACUCUGGUAGCCCUGCGGCAAAGCAUUUGGCGGCUUUGAAUGAGAAGGACGCAAAAAAGAGCAAGAGCUCUCGAUUGCGAAGAGCAUUUUCAUUUGGCAGUGCGGCAGAAUUACGUAGAGCAUCGGCAGAAAAUAGCGCGGCCAACAAUGCAGCAUCUGCUGCUGAGCGAUCAAAGAUUCGAAAGGACAAAUACCAAGAUGAGCAGGAUGCAGAGCAGGCGAGGAUUGCGGAGCGACAGGAGGCUGGUGGUAUUGGGUCUGGGAUCUAUUCCGGACAAGGAAAUUUCUUCAGUGGAUCGACUGAUAAUCUUUCAAUAUCUUCUACAGCUUCAUCUGCAUCUGUAAUGAUCCGAAAGAUGGGAAAGGGCAUGAAGAAGUCUACUCGAUCUCUGGUGGGACUAUUCAGACCGAAAUCUGUUAUUGGCGUUCCCGCAGCAGAUAAAGCUGUGCCUCAAGUAAGCCAGGCUCAGGUCUCGAUGGUCACAGUUGAAGCCGAGCGAGAGAAGGUCAAUGUGAACGCGAAUCCACACGACCAAGUUGGUGGCGGAACUGCUUAUCCUCGACUUGAAAGAAACUCGGUCGAUGCGGGUCCUUCAGUUCCAGAGAGACUGGGUAGUUCUUCUACAGAGAACUCAGCUGCUCGAAGAAGUAUCGUGGGCGGUGAGAAGGAAAGAGCGGAGGUACUUGCUGCUGCAAAGAAAGGCAUCUUGAAACGUAGGUUGUCGAUUUCCUAACACUUGACCAUUAUUGACCUCAACUACAGGCACAGGCACUGAAUCUGGUAAUUCGUCGCCCGUCAUUCGUCCACUAGAUCAGAAGUCACCAAACUUCCAAUUACCACAAAUCCCAAACGUCAAUGAAUCGCCAAAUUCUUCGGCGCCCUCCACCCCAAGCGAGGAACAGCAAGCCCAGCGCCCAACCGGUUCUGUAACCCUCGGAGGCGAAGACUAUUUUAUGUCGGCUCUACGGUUCCGUGGUGACUCCAAGAGCGUUCCAAACACCCCUCAUGGAGUAUCCAAGCGCAAUGCCACAUUCAGUCCAAGAAUUCAAUUCCACGAUACCUGGCCAAGUGGAGAAUAUGACCGACGUGGGGAGGUUGCUACUUGCAACCGUCUAACGCCUAUGCUCGCCGCACAAAUUAAGGAAGAGCUGAACACCUUCAAGAUGGUAUGUGGUUCAAUCUGAUGUCGGUCCAUACAAGGUCACUAACUCGUCAAUAGGAAAUGGAGGUUCAUGAAAGCUCCAAGGUUUACACACACUUCUUCUAAUGACACCAAUGAUUAUGGCCAAUCAUCUGGUCAAUGACUACUACAACACACCCAUCUUGCUUUCAGCGGGUACACAAAAUACACAAAAAAAAAGUUGCUUUGCACAAAUACAGACUUCAAAGGCGUUCAUUCGGGUCGCAUUACAAAGGUGUACCGGAGUCACUUCACAUAUGAGCGAUUUGGUCGAGCACAUCAUCUUUUCUUUAGACUGGCGUCGGCCGUCAACAAUUCACGAGCAUGCGAGGGGAGAGGCCCCGAUAGGUUGAGAUUCUUUUUCCAAUGGACCUAAGAAGUUGCGAGACGAGAUGUAAUGCUGCAAAGCUUUUCCAAGAAUUUGGGAGGGGUCGGCGUGGCACUUGUCCAUUUGGGCUGGCAAUGUGUUUUCCUUGAGUCUUCACGACGAUCAGCAAUCGGCUCCUUUCUAAAAUUUCGCAUCUUGGUUUCCUUUCAUCGAUUCAGAGGGUUGAAAAGGGAGCAUCUUGGUGGUGGACAGAUCUGAUGCCGCUCCUCUUCUUUUACCAAGGCCGGUUCUAUGCCAAUUCAUGUUAUUGUAUUUCAGCGUUGGUGACCUUGUUUAUGGAAUGGUAGGGGGUAGGGCAUAGUCUGCGUAAUCAAUGAUACUUCAUUUCUGUACAAAGCAAAUAUAUAUUUCAACAAGAAAUGGUUACGUGGGUUUUAGUGUAGCUGAAUACGUCCC